UCCCCUCCCCUCCCCCCUCCCCCUCCCCCUCCUCGGCCCCGUGCCGCCUCGCCACGCCAGAAACCCUAGGAGGGGCAAAUCGCCGCGGCGCGGGGGCGGGCGUCGUCGUCGGGCGCACCGGAAGGUCGCCGCAGUCGAACCCCGAGAGGAAGUGCACCUCCAAGAUCUAGCCCUUCAACCACAGAGUGGAGGUCGACCCAAGUUCUUCCAUCGACGGGGCGCGGGGGUCGGGUGUCGUGGGGCGCCGGAGUCGAACCCGAUCGAGCCUUCAAGCACCGGGUGGAGGUUGACGACAAGUUCUUCGAUCGCUCGUGCGCGGGGGUCGGGUGUCGCGGGGCGCCGGUCUCGAGACCGAUUGAGCCCUUCAAGCACCUGGUGGAGGUCGACCACAAGUGCUUCGACAAGUCCCGGAAGAAGCUUGACGACCGCGAGAUUCUACAUCUGCAACGCCAGCGACCUCUGCUUCGAAUCUAUACAGUUUGACAACUCUGAUCCACCAUUACCUUGCUUAAUUUUUUGCCCCUGCUAAUCCCUGUUACUUCUGGUGCACCUGCAAUCGGCGAGGUAGGAUCGACGAUAGAUGUGUUGGUUCGUACCUAUCGGGGUUCGUCGCUAGAUUCAGAUUUCACAUGUAUCUAUACUUCUUGAGGAUUUGUUUCUGUUCUUGUGAUCGUAGAUUGGAUGUGGGGCUGUCUUCAGGUUAUCCUAUUUUGCGAGUUUGUGGUUUGUGAGUAGGAAAUUGGCAUGUGCCGACACCUGAGAGAGCGUGGAGGUAGCACUACUUUUGGUAGAAAUAAGUUGUAUGGGCUUUCUCGUGCUUACAGGCUUUGAAUUGCGCUGCGUUUGUUGUUUGGGAACUGGUAUGUGCUGGAACAUGAGAGGUUGUGGACAUAUCACUUAGUUAGUUUUUUGGUACAAAAGAGCUUCAUUGGUUUUGCCACGCAUGGGUGGUUGUGACUUGUGCAAGUUUGUAUUUGUUGUUUGGUAAUUGGGCUGUGUUUGCUCUGAUAGUAGUUUUGGAGUUGUGGACGUAGAUACUUCUUUUUGGUACAGAUUGGUCGCAUGCAUUUUGCCACGCUUGUGUGAUUCUGACUUGCACAAGUUGGCAACUGUUGUUCGAAGAUUAGGAUGUGUUUACUCUUACUGUAGUUUGGAGUCGGUGAAGUAGUGCUAAAGUUAGUUACACAUUACUUGCAUGGAAUUUUCCUGCUCUGCUGUGGCUGUGACUCGCGCAAGUUUGUAUUUGUGGUUUGGAAAUUGUGGUGUUGCUCUGAUCGUAGUUUUGGAGUCGUGGACUAAGUGCUUCAUUUUUGGUAGAAGUUAGUUGCAUGGGUUUUACCACACAGAUGUGGCUGUGAGUUACUCAAGUUUCUAUUCGUAGUCAGAAAUUGGCAUGUCUUGCCCUGGUGUAGUUUUGGAAAACUGGGUGUAGCGCAUAGUUUUGGUGAAAAUUAGUUGUGCAUGUGUUUGCCCUGCCAGUGUGAUUCACUUGUGUCAUGUUUUAUAUGCUGGUGUUGUUGCAUGGGUGUAGGGGUGCCAUCCAUUGCUUCAAAGUUCAUUAGCAGCAUUUAUUAACAACUUAGUCACUCUAAUAUUCGAGCUCAAAUGACUCCUGGGUAAGCAUAUUCAUCCACGCUUUGUCCAAUCCAUGGUAUAGCUUGCAUUAACAAACACAAUAUUGCCAAACUGGCUUAUGGUUUACUUACUUCAUUAGCAAGUACUAAUGGUGGUAUAUGAUGGGAAAAGAUAUGUUGGAUGUACUUGAACUAGAAUUAAGGUAGGUGUAAAAUGACCACACUAGCCUGCAUAAUGUUACAGUUAGCUAAUUUAUUAUUGUUUCACUGUGUAAUGAACUUUCUUGGCAAACCAUUCAUUAAUUUACCCGUCCUGGGAUUUAAGCGAUUGGGUAGAAAUGAACUCAACUCUGUAGAAUGAGUAACGAAAUCCACACUGGUUCUUUGGGGAUGGUAACUCACUAAAUUAGGUAGGCGUAUACCCAAAAAAAAUUAGGUAGGCAUAUUAUAGGAAAUGCAUCAUUUUUUCUCCUAAAAAUUAAGUUAUCUUUUAGCGAAUUAAUGUAAGACUAUAUAUAAAAUUUAACACUCUCUCUUUGUAAGAUGUGGUGCCAUUCUACUUGGUUAGUAACCAUUUAGAUUCCUUGUUGCGUCCAGGAGCAGUGUAGAGUCAGGAGUGGAGUGAUUCUGAGCGGCCACUGAAUCUGGGCCAAUAGUGAGGUCCUCCCCCCCAUUUCAGCCUCGCAAAUGAAGAUUAUGCAGUUUGCUUUCCGGAGGAUACGUUCCCUACUUUCAUCUGAUGCAAAGUGUCUUAAGCCGUGUUUGUCUCGUCACUCUUCUACCUUUGAAAAUUUUGAUACUUAUCCAGUGAGUAAUGCAAUUUGGCAUUCUAGGGAGGUCGACAUGAAGGAUCUUGGAGAUCCUGUCAAUUUCUUUGGCAGGAACCGAAUGUUUGAUUCAAUAUUAUACAACAAGCUUGUAGGCAGACCUAAAAGCAAGGACGGAAGGAAGAUCAAUCCUUAUCUUGCCAAGAUUAUCAAGAUGAACCCAAAAAUGGUUUCUGAAAUAUUUGCUUAUGCACUGAGAUCAUUGGCGGUUAUUACUGUGGAAAACCAUCGGAGGGGGGUUCCUUUAGGUGCUGCUGUGGAGCUAUCUAACCUGAGGAUCUCUUAUUCUUGUGGUAAGUUUGUCUUGCUCAAUAUCCUGCCAAAGUCACCUGGCUAUAAGGGGUUGACUCUGCAACAGAGAUGUAAUGAUUGGAUAGCAAUAAGAGAUCUUGUGAAGAAGUUGGUAGAGAAGGUUUGCGGGAGUGGUGUUCAAUAUCCUGUGGAUUUUGCCCACUGGCUUGAGAAGUUGGGUGAACCUCAGCCACCAAUAUUCCUGAUACUAUAUCAUACCGUGUUCCUAAGAUCGAAUGCCCGUUUCUAUUACCAUGUUUCAAUGGAUCAGUUCUGCAGGAAGGAGCCAAGGGGCAAGUUCAACAUGAUUAUGAAUGAUUCUGAUUUGCAUGAGAUGCUGAGAGAGAUAGGUGACCUUAGAGAUCUGUUAAACCUUGCCGAACUGAAUGAGUUUCUAAAGUGCUGUAUAGCAGGUGACGAUGGAACUCAAGCAGCUGCAGCUAAAUAUCCAAAGGGCGGGCAACCAAGCAAUGGUACAGGCCAGCAGGGUCAAGCACCACCAGCCACAGGCCAGCAGGGUCAACCACCAGCAGCCACAGGCCAGCAGGGUCAACCACCAGCAGCCACAGGCCAGCAGGGUCAAGCACCAGCAGCCACAGGCCAGCAGGGUCAACCACCAGCAGCCACAGGCCAGCAGGGUCAACCACCAGCAGCCACAGGCCAGCAGGGUCAAGCACCACCAGCCACAGGCCAGCAGGGUCAAGCACCACAACCAGCUGCUCGAGGUGGCCAGAGUCAAACAUUCACUUCAAGUAAUGCUCCACCACAAGGUCAGCCAUCUCAAGCCCAAGGGAACUCAAUCCCACAAGGACAGGCAUUUCAAACUCAGGACCCUCAUGCACUGCUUCAGUAGGCCAGACUCAAAGGUGGGUACACCUUGGUUGCUGUCCACCGCAACAGCCCUGUGCAUGGCUGCCAGAAAACCUGUGUAGGCUUCUCUUUCAUUCAAAGAUCGAUGUUGAAUCGCCGAGCAAUUAUUCAGAUCGUCUAUUUCACGUUCCUUCCCUUCGACCAUACAGUUCUUGAGCUCUUCUGCAAGAAAGGGAUUCAGCAUCAAUUGGACAUGGAGUGCUUGUUUGGUGAGACCAGGGACACAUGGAAAUUUGCAAUAGACCAGCAUAAGUAUGAUGUUCAACAAGAAUGGGACUUAGAAGAACCAAUCAACUAGUCCUAGGAAAUGCUAUGCAAGCCCCUGAUGACAAGAGUGUAGCAUCAGUUGCUGCAAGAUGAUCCUUAACAGCAAGCAUGUCCUGGUGAGAAGGAGCAGCAGCUAUGGAUGAACAAUCCUGGUGAAACGUUUUCUUUUUUCUCUUGAUCUGGUCCCUUCCCCGGAGGAACUAAUCUGGUGAUGUUCUCUAUCCAGUGAUGUAAUGGUGCUAGAACUAUCAUUUGCACUUUGUUGAGCAUGGUGAAACAUUUUCCUUUUCCUCUUGAUCUGGUCCCUUCCCCGGAGGAACUAAUUUGGUGAUGUUCUCUAUCCAGUGAUGUAAUGGUGCUAGAACUAUCAUUUGCACUUUGUUGAGCAUGGUGAAACAUUUUCCUUUUCCUCUUGA